AUGCUAUUAGAAGUUCCAUUGGUAGAAAGUAGUAGGAAGUUUGUUAACCUAAAUGUCUCACGUGAAGUGUUCAAGCCAGUGACUAUAACCGAUGAAGAAAGCAAUGAAGAACAGACAAAGUCUUUCAUUGCCGGAUACAGAACAAGGCCAUUGUGUAUGGAAGGUGUAUCCUUGAUUGAUGCAGCUAGAUCAUGGAUAUACAAUCCUAAAAGAAGAAGAGAGAACAAAUGGGAGCCAAGACAAAGAGCAGCAAUUGUCAGAGUCUUUCCUAGGUUUGUUCACAUUCCUGAACGUGGAUCGAGCAAAUGGAUUGACUUUUGUGUAUCAGAGUUGAUGCUAUACAAACCAUUCCAUGAUAUAGAAAGAGAUAUCGGUAAUGAUGAUGGGGCUAUAAUUGCAAAGUGGGAGUCAUUCACUUAUAAUCCCUGGCAUGUGGAACAAAUAACAACUGAAGAAAAUAUUGAAAGUACAAUUGAUUCUGAAAUUGAUAAUGAUGAAACUAUCCAUGGAAAUACCACAGAGAAUGAAUGGGAAAUUAUAUCUAGAUUGCAUCGAGGACAAAAUAUACAAUUUUUAGAAAUAGAUAUGCUGGGUAGAAGAGACAUUGAUAGGCAUACAAAUUGGUUUGUCGAUUACCAAGGUGAAGAGUACAUGAUGGGGGCAACCAAUUUCAUAAUUAGCAUGAAAAAUAAUGGCUGCCUAAUAUAUGAUGAUAUACCCCAAUGUAUCAGUUACACAACCCUUAGUAAUAAACAACAAAAAGCACUUGGCAUAAUUAUGGCACACUACCAAAGGAAUGGAAUUGGAGUGCCGUUAUUCAUGAUAAUUCAAGGGACAACAGGGACAGGAAAGUCGUAUUUGAUUGGUGCCAUUAGUCAAGCUCUUGAGAAUGCAACAAUGCCGUCCCCUUCUCCCCUUCUAUUACUUGCACCAAUAGGGGUGGCCACAUUCAAUAUAGGAGCCUCUACGGUACAUUCAAAGUUGAGAAUUCCGAUACGAGAAUUUUCUCAACUAGAAGGAACAAGACUCUCAAGCUUUCAGGAGGAGAUGGCACAUGUCAACUACAUUUUGAUUGAUGAAAUGAGUAUAUCUAUUAUUUUGGUAGGAGAUUUGGGUCAAUUGCCUCCAGUCAAUGAUAGACCAGCAUGUGAUAGCAAUAGACGAGCAAAGUUACUAUGGGGGGAAUUCAAGACUGUAGUAACUUUAGAUAAGAUAUUUAGACAAGAUGGGGAAAAUUUCGAACAACAGAGAUUUUGUCAGCUACUGAAAAAUCUACGAGAUGCAAACCCAAAAAUAGAAGAUUGGAAGUUGUUGAUGACAAGGAUCCCUCCAAACAUGGAUGCUGCAAACAAUGUCGACUUCGAUAAUACAGUCCAUUUGUUCUCUACAAAUGACAACCCUGUUGCAUGUAGUGUUGCUACGAAAGCAGGGAGUGUUAAAAUAGUAGAAGAUUGUUCAAGUGAUGAACUUGAACUAGAAUUAUUGAUCAGUAAGAAUUCAAGGGUCAUGCUCACUUCAAAUCUUUGGAUUCAAGUUGGUCUUGUAAAUGGAGCACUAGGAUAUAUUCGAAAGAUUGUCUACAAACCUGGAAGUGCUCCACCCGAACCACCGUCUUAUGUGAUGGUUGAGUUUGAUAACUAUUUUGGAUUACCUUUUGAAGAUCAUCAUCCGAGUACAAUUCUAGUAACACCUAUUCAGAAAGGCAUAACACUUCAACUACCAUUGAGAUUGGCAUGGGCAUUAACCAUACAUAAAUCUCAAGGAUUGACUCUUCCAAAGGCAACAAUUGAUAUAGGACCUAGAGAAAGAACAGGGUUGACAUUUGUGGCAAUUUCUCGUGUGAAAUCUCUAGAAUGUCUAAGAAUAAUGCCCCCAUUCACAUAUGACCGUUAUGAGAAAAUGAAAAAUGGUAGACAACUUGCUAAGUGCAAAGCUGAAGAAUAUAGGCUCAAAGUUUUAGAAGAAACUUGA